AUGCCGCACGGCGACAAAUCUCCCGAUGGUCCCCAAAGGCCUUCCCCGGGGAAUGUUUGUGCCGUUGCAAGAGUAAGCGUGCCACUCAGGCGCGGGAGCGCGUCUACGCCAAAAAGAUCGCCGCUCAAGAAUUGUCAUAUUGGCAUCGUUGUUCUUGUUAUCGUUGCCCUUAAGGAUACGAGCUGCGCUUUAGGCGCCCUAUUAGUCGAUGUGCUGCGAAAAUAUUUUACCUCCAAGAGGAUGUUGACGUCGAAGCUCGAAGUUUCGGCGGCUGCAGCGGCGUCAAUUAAACGCAAACAGAAUCGCCUUGGAUCGAUGUGGCUAUUCAAUUUAUUGUCAGUGACCAUCUAUUAGCAUUCACUCACGAAUGCGUAAUUACGAGAGACGCAUAGUUAGAAAUAAAAUUUCUAAAAUGAUUAAUGUUCCAAAGUGAC